CGUAAUACUUUAAAACCCGUAACCUAAAACUCAAAAAAGCGGCAUUUGUUGUUUGUUUACUUGUUAAUUAAUUUAUUAAGUUACUAUCAAAUAAAUAUUCAUUGUUUAGGAAUCAAUUGUUGGUAGAUUUAGUAAUUUAGUUUAUUUAUUUACAAUGGCAGACGAUGAAAGUGCUAAAGAGAGUAUGGAAGUAGAUGAAAGUCCUGUAACAAAAAAUACUCAGGAUGUUUCUAGUAAUAAAAAUAAAACGAAAGGAUCACAUUUACCAUGGAUUGAAAAAUAUAGACCGCAGACAUUUGAUGACAUCAUAGGAAAUGAAGAUACAGUUGCCAGAUUAUCAGUAUUUGCAAAGCAUGGAAACGCACCGAAUAUAAUAAUUGCUGGACCACCAGGAGUUGGUAAAACAACGACAAUCCUCUGUUUGGCACGUGCUCUUCUAGGUCCAACACUCAAAGACACCGUUCUGGAGUUGAAUGCAUCAAAUGACCGUGGAAUUGAUGUCGUUAGAAAUAAGAUUAAGAUUUUUGCUCAAAAGAAGGUCAAUUUGCCACCAGGAACUCAUAAAAUUAUUAUCCUUGAUGAAGCUGACAGCAUGACUGAAGGUGCUCAGCAAGCUCUGAGACGUACCAUGGAGAUAUUCAGUCACACAACUCGUUUUGCUUUGGCUUGCAACACCAGCGAAAAAAUAAUAGAACCAAUUCAGUCGCGUUGCGCCAUGCUGCGUUAUGGCAAAUUGACUGAUGCGCAAAUCCUUGCUAAAAUUCUUCAAGUUUGUGAGCAGGAAAAUGUAUCAUACACGAAUGAUGGAUUGGAAGCGAUUGUUUUCACAGCACAAGGAGACAUGAGACAAGCAUUGAAUAAUUUACAGUCAACUUUCAAUGGUUUUGGUCACGUCAACAGCGAGAAUGUCUUCAAAGUUUGUGAUGAACCUCAUCCGCUGGUAAUCAAAGAGAUGCUGGAGUUCUGUACCCAAGGAAAAAUUUCAAAAGCUUACGAAGUUCUCGACAGCCUGUGGAAACUCGGCUACUCUGCAGAGGAUCUCAUCAGUAAUAUUUUUCGCGUUUGUAAAAAUUUGCCAGUAGAUGAAACAUUAAAACUAGACUUCAUAAAGGAAAUCGGGGUCACACAUCUAAGCAUCCUGGACGGAAUCAGCAGCCUACUGCAGCUCAACAGUCUCCUGGCACGACUCUGUCGACGAUCAUUGCAAAAAUAAUUAUCAUGCUCAUUCCACUACGUUCAAAUAUAAAUAUCAAUUGCUGUAUAAAAUAAUAAAUGUAUACAGUGUUUUUUAUAUAAUUUUUGAAAUUAAAAAUAUUUAUUAAAUAUCAUGUCUUUUAAAUAUCACAGCCUUGUUACUUUAGUGGUAAGCGUUUAAUUUUAAAUAAACAAAAUACUGUAGUAUAUCACACAUCAAGGGAAAGUAGAAGAUUCCAACCCGGGUGUUUACUUGAGCCGAUGGCAAAGACGGCAAACACACGGACUGGGAUAUCUUAUCUUCCUCCGUGGUGUCAAUACUAUUUUUCACCAGACCAGUACCUAAAAGUUUGAAUUUUAGCCUCUGUUUGUGGGAAGAAUGGCACAUGCGCUUUUUUAGUAUCCAUUUCCGCUCUGAUAGCCAAGUUGACAACCUACUGCUGUAACUUGUCAACCUGAACGCGUAAAUUUGCAUUCACUGGUCAACGAAAAGUUGCUUUAAAUUUUCCCAGAAAGUUGACUAUAAUUUGUAGCCAAAAUUACAGAGACUGAAGUUGUCGUCAAUUUGAUCGCAACUAAUUGACAUCAAGUUUCUGACCAGAGUCUUGCUACCUGGACUCGUAAAAUAAAAGAAAGAUUUUUUUCCCAC